CUAUGAUUGGUCAGUUAAUUGGAGAUAAUGUUCCUCUUGAACCAAAACUGUGUUUAUUCCAUAUAUACCCAAUAAAUUUGGUCGUAAAUGCAAGAAAAUGUAAACCAAUAGACUUUAUUUUGCUACAGGCCAAAUGUGGCAUUGCAUUAAAGUGGAAAGACACACAAAGAACCUCUUCUAAGCAAUGGAUCAAGGGAAUGUCCUCAAAUCUUGCUUUGGAAAAACUGACAUUUGCUAUUGAAGGGAAGUUAAAAGAUUUCUAUAACAUCUGGACUCCUUUUCUACACUUCUGUGAUCAAGUGGACUUGACAGCAGAAUAAUUUGGGAGCUGAGCAUAAGGUUUAAAAGAAGAAAAAUGGAUAAGACAUUCGUAAAACCAGGACAAAGCAGCUGGAGCAGCGUGGAUACAUCUGCUAACUUUGCAGGUGAAUCCAGCAGCCUCCUGACUGAAGAGCAGUUACAGUGUUCUAUCUGUCUGGAAGUGUUCACUGAUCCCGUCACCACUCCAUGUGGACACAACUUCUGCAAGAGCUGCAUUACACAAUGCUGGGAUACGAGUGAACACUGCCAUUGUCCAUAUUGUAAUGAGAAAUUCACCAUAAGACCUGAACACAAGAUUAAUAUAACACUGAGAGAUGUUGCAGAUAACUUCAAGAAGAGAAGCAAAGAGCCUCCUGAGAGUUUGGAGGUUCUCUGUGACGUCUGCACUGGUGUGAAGCAGAAGGCUGUAAAAUCCUGUCUGGAUUGUGGUGUGACUUUCUGUUCAUCUCAUUUAGAGCCUCAUAUUAAUGUUCAGAGAUAUAAGAAACACAAACUAAUAAAUGCAGUGAAGAACCUGGAGAUGUACAUGUGCCAGAAGCACGAGAGACCUCUGGAGCUCUUCUGUAGAGACGAUCAGAUGUAUCUGUGUCAGUUCUGCACUGAGGGAGAACAUAGGGAUCACAAUGUUAUUCUGUUAGAGGAGGAGAGUGGACAGAAGAAGAUUCAGCUGCAGAAAACACAGACAGAGCUGCAGCAGAUGAUCCAGGAGCGACUGAAGAAGAUCCAGGAGAUUAAUCACUCAGUAGAGCUCAGUAAAAGAAACAUGGAGAAAGAGAAAUCAGACAGUGUUGAAGUUUUCACUGCUCUGAUUCGCUCCAUUGAGAGGAGUCAGGCUGAGCUGCUGGAGGUGAUGGAGGAGAAUCAGAAAGCAGCAGAGAAGCAGGCUGAAGGACUCAUUAAAGAGCUGGAACAGGAAAUCGAGGAGCUAAAGAGGAGAGACACUGAGCUGGAGCAGUUCUCACACACUGAAGAUCAUCUCCACCUCCUAAAGAUUUACCCGUCACUGUGCAUCGCUUCACACACCAAGAACUGGUCUGAGAUCAGCAUUAACACUGACCUGAGUGUGGACGUUCUGAGGACGGCUCUGUCUCGGAUUCAGGAGACUCUGAAUGAGAAACUCAGUGUGACUCUGAAUGAGAAGUUGAGAGAAACAGUCUCCACAGAACUGAAGAGGAUUCAGCAGUAUGCAGUGGAUGUGACUCUGGACCCUGAUACAGCUCAUCCAUAUCUUGUCUUCAGUGAUGAAGGAAAACAAGUCAUGUGUGGAGACACAAAGCAGAAACUCCCAGGCACCCCGAAAAGAUUUAUAUAUUACAUCACGGUCCUGGGAAAGCAGGGUUUCUCCUCAGGGAGGUUUUACUAUGAGGUGCAGGUCAGCGGGAAGACUAAGUGGAGUUUAGGAGUGGUCAGAGAAUCUAUUAAUAGGAAGGGAGAGAUUGAUUCAUUUAAACCUCAGACUGGAUUCUGGACCGUGGCUCUGAGGAAUGGGAACGAGUAUGAGGCUUGGGAUGAUCCCUGUGUCUCUCUCUCCCUGAGCGAAAAGCCCCAGAAAAUAGGAGUGUUUGUGGAUUAUGAGGAGGGUCUGGUCUCCUUUUAUGAUGUUGAGGCCAGGUCUCAUAUCUACUCUUUCACUGGUCAGACCUUCACUGAGAAACUCUAUCCAUACUUCAGUCCUGGUUUGAAUGACGGAGGUAAAAACUCAGCACCACUGAUCAUCUCUCGUGUGUUAAAGACUGAUUAAAUUCUCACCUCAAUCAAUUAUAUGAAAUGACUGGAAUGAAAGACACUGGGUUUUAUUUAUCAGGUUUAAGUUGUGAAAAUGUUUUGUUGACCAAACCAAGAAAACAUUUCACUGCUCAUAAGCAUAUAGUGACACCAACAAAACUCUUUAAAUGGUCAAUCCCAGAGAGCUAAAAGUGUGAAAUGGCAAUAAAUCUGCUAACAGGAAAAAUACUUUUCUCAGAGGCAGAAAUGAAAGUUUAUAAAAUAUAAAAAAUAAUAUAAUUUAUCAGUAUAACAGAUCGUAUAAGAAAUCUUGAAUCUAGACUUUAAAUAUAGAAAAGGUGAAUUAUGUGUGAAGUAAAUCUUUUAGAAAGAAAAUGGUUUAACAUGAAAUCCGUGAGAGAGAAAUACAUAUCAGCACUGAACCCAGGUGACCAUGAACACCAAGUACAACAUACAGGACACUGCUGGGUUCAGUUCUAUUUGCCAGAAGUCUCUCGUGCUGAGAAACUAUAUAUAUAUUUUUAUUUUCUGUUGCUUUAAUGGAAUGUUAACACUGAUAUCACUUUGAAUGAGGUGAACAUGUUCAUUAUUCUGUUUACCUGCUCAUGUCUGAUGCUUGCUUGUUAGUGCCUUUUAGGUUUGCUCUUGGUUUGUGAAUAUUAAAUAUCCUGUGUAUGA